AUCUUUCCGAAAGGAUCUUGUCACCACCAGUCCUUUGCACUCGAGGCAACUGUUUUUGCUUCGAGAUUCGAGAAGAGCUACCCUUCCCUCACAAACAGAUGAUACUGAUGCUGUAAGGUAGGAUCACCAUGUCCAACAACACUGACAAUAGUAAGAAGCUCAAGCUGUUGCUGUUUGGCGCCGUGAAUGACAAGAUCACCGCCUUUUGUAAUAAGGUCAAGUCAUUACACAAGAGCAAAGCAGGUCCCUUUGACGCUGUGUUUUGUGUGGGUUCCUUUCACGUUCCCUCUUCUGGUGACAAGGACUAUGAAGCACUUCAAGCCCUUCCCAUUCCAGUCUAUCUCCAAGAUGCCUUGACAACAACGGACCACAAAGGAGAGGAGAUUGUGACAUUGAUUGAACCCAAUCUGAAAGCCUUUCCCACCACAGUGGCUAAUGUUUUCAAUGUGUCAGUUCCAUCCAAACAAUCCACCACUGGCCCCAUUGAUUUGGUGGUAGCAUGCUGUCCUCGCAAUCUGCGCUUGGACGAUGAUACCAUGGUGAAGCCACUCAUGGACAAGUUGAAGCAUGUGUCUUAUGUGGGAUGUGAUUUGCUAUUGACCAGUCAUUGGCCGCAGGGCAUGGAGGCACUGGCCGCAGACCCUACUAAUAAUAAACAAGCCAUCCAGAGUGCCACCUACGAUGUCGCUGAAGUGGCCUUACGAGCGCGGGCACGGUAUCAUAUCGUCCCAGCUCAUGCUGCCAUUAAUCUCUAUUGGCAAUCUCCUCCCUUUGCACAUUUAAAAGCCGCCACAUCCACCGUGACACCCCAACAUGUCGGUCGCUUGGUAGCACUGGCAGUUGUCUCGCCCGAAAAAAAGGUUCCCAAGCAACACAAAUUCGUCCAUGCACUGGGCGUGGUACCACUGCAUGCCAUGAAUGCACUCGAAUUGCAGCAACAACAAUCGUCCGACACGGCACCCUGUCCAUUUACCGAUGAUUCCUACCAAAAAGAUGGAUCCAGUCGGAACACUCACACAGCCGGAGGACUUUCCGAAGCCCAAGCACGACGCAUUAUUGCCGAAGGCGGGCAAGCAUCCGUGCGAUGGAAUUUGAAAAAGAAAAAACAUGGUAACAAUAACAAACGAUCUCAUCCGGACGAAGCAGACGACGGACCGGUCGAUCCCACCAAUACGACACUCUUUGUGCAUGGCUUGCAUCGCGAUGUCAGUGGUCAAUUGCAAAUGGCAUCCGACCCAUCCUUACUGGGAGCCUUUCAACCAUUUGGUGCUACCAAAGUGCGACGGCCUCCCAAUGCCGCCACGACAUCCUUUGCCUUUGUGGAAUUCGACACGCACCAACAAGCCAAGGAUUGUUUGGGCACCAUGGGAGGAGAAAUUAACAUUAAGGGUGUUCAUUUGACAUUGAAAUGGGGGAAACAUAAUAAUAAUUCACAGCAAAAUGAUGCCAAACGACGGCGCAUUCUGACCGAGGCAGAAGCCAAAGAUUCGUCGACACUCUACUAUCGGUUGCCUCCAUCCGUGACCGAAAAUCAAUACGACAGUGUCAGUGAACAGGUCCGAAUGUGGAUGGAAGCGACGUUGGAAGAUGCAUUGAACGAUGACACUACGGAACCAGAGAAUCGAGUGACGGCCAAGGACGAACCAGCCUUGCAAGUCAAACUCCAUCGACGAAAUACGAAUGACAAUUAUGGAUUUUUGGAUUUUGCAUCCCAUGCCGCCGCCAGCAUGGCACUGGCUACACUCACGGGAAGCACCGAUGGAGGUACUGUGGCGAAUCCAAAUGGUAAUGAUAAGGAUGCGGGUGGUGGUGACACCAAAUCAGAUGGCGACGCCAAAUCAGAUGGCGACGCCAAACCAGACGAGGACAUGAAAGACGCCGAUGCCAAAGACAGCGACACCAAAGACGGCAACACGAAAGAUGGCGACAACAAACCAGACGAGGACGCCAAAGACGCCAACGCUAAAGACAGCGAUGCCAAGGACGGCGACGCCAAACCAGACGAGGACACCAAAGACGGUGACGUCACCAAAGACAGCGACAAACCAGACGAGGCCGUCGAGGGGGACGAAAAAGUCAAACAAGAAAACGCGAAGGAUAAUGCCGACAACAACAACAGCAACAAAACUGAGACGCCCACAAAGAUCUGGGGCCUGGCGUUACAUUGGGCUCAUGGCACCGUUGGUGGUGAAAAGGGGGAUGACAAGAAGAACCAACUCAUCCAGGAUGCCAACUGUGACUUUCAAUUCCAACGACAACACUUUCCAGCGGAUUCUAGAAAGGAUUGUUGGUUCUGUUUGGCGAGUGAAGGAUGCGAAAAGCAUUUGAUUACCGGUGUCUACCAACAAUGCUACGCGGCCAUGCCCAAGGGACCCAUUCACAAGGGGCAUGUGUUGCUCAUUCCAGUGGCCCAUUCCAGCCAAGGUGCCUUUCUGGACAAGACCGUGUCGCGGGAAAUUCGAGAACUCUUACAGGCUCUGCGCCAACAUGCCCGCGAGGAGUACGACAUGGAUUUGUUUGUGUUUGAACGAGCGAUUCAAACCAGGGGUGGAUAUCACACGCAUGUGCAAUGUGUACCCGUGGAAAAGGGAUGUGGAGUCAAGCUGGAAACGACGUUGCGUGCACAAGGCAAGGUCAAUCGAAUGGAGUUUCGAGAGAUUCAGUCACCGGAUCUGGAUAUUGGCACCUUGUUGAGUCAAGAUGAUGAGGAGGACGGUGGUUAUUUUUAUGCGGAGGUUCCCAUGCCUGGAAGUCGGCUGGAGUACAAGCGCUUCUUGUACAAAGUGGAUGAGGGAGAUGGUGGAAGACCGAGGGUGCCGUUGCAACUAGGGCGUGAAGUGAUUGCCGCUGUGCUUGGUAACAAGGAAUUGGCGCAUUGGAAGUCUUGCCUCGUUGACAAGGAAGAGGAGACUAAAAUGGCGGUGGACCUGCGACAGUCGUUUGAAAAUCACUUUGAAAAGCACUACGGCUAG